UCUCCAUUUUAAUAUACCACCCAACAUGAAUUUCAUUUAAUACCUCUCUCUCCCCCUCAAAGCCACACAAAGUUUAAAAUACCUCAACUUGACCAACCUUCAAGUUAUUACUAUAUAACCCUAACCACAUAACAUACCCAAACCCCUCUUCAAGAAAAAAAAUCAUCUUUUCUUUCAUCUUCAUCUUUCUUCAAAACCUUUAAUAUUCAACACAAACACCACUCAAACUAACAAGAUCCAUCAAAUUCUAUUACAACUUCUUUUCUUUAAAUUGUUUCCAUCCAUAGUAUAAAAAAAAAAUGCCUCCAAAUCCACCAAAAUCUUCUAUCCUCCUCCAUAGAAUCAACCACACCACCACUCCAACCGUCACCAACCACCAUGAUCACCUCCCCGGCGAAAACACCAACACCACGCUCUUCGUCAACCCUGUCACCACCAUCCCUAAUACCAUAUCACACUACCACACACAUCCCAUAACCUCCAACCAACUAUGCUCGGCGGUCGUCCAGGAAACAACCGCCUCCAUCACCUCCGUUUGGUCCGUGGUUCGCCGCUUCGACAAACCACAAGCCUACAAGAACUUCAUCAAAAGCUGUAAUCUAAUCAACGGCGACGGUGAUGUGGGCACUCUCAGGGAGGUCAAUCUUAUAUCCGGCCUCCCUGCCGCCCGCAGCACCGAACGCCUUGAAAUCCUCAACGAGGAUCAACAUGUCAUCAGUUUUAGCGUUGUUGGUGGAGAUCAUAGGCUUGCUAACUACCGGUCCGUUACUACACUUCAUUCCUCCGGCGAAGGUGAGAGCUCCGGCACGGUGGUUGUUGAGUCCUACGUGGUGGAUAUUCCUCCGGGGAAUACAAAAGAAGACACUCGUGUGUUUGUUGACACAAUUGUUCGGUGUAAUCUUCAGUCACUCGCACAAACCGCUGAGAAUAUUACUCAACAAAACAACAACGAUCUUUACAAGUGUUGUUCAUAAUUCUUCAUUUUCUUUUUUAGGUUUUUUUUUUUUUUUUAUAUUUAUAAUAUAUAAUAUUGUUGAUUAAGUAUUGUGUAUAUUGUGAUUAUUAUGUAUGAGUUGGUAUAAUAUAAGACCAAGUUUUCCUAGUUUAUUUUUUGUUUCUUGAAUUCAUUUCACUAAAAGAGUUUAAAAUAGAGCAUUGAUUUUAAUGU